GCACAACGAUGUCAUGGAGGAAGGCGGUCCGUGCGCCUACCACUUAACGCGUGAAGAACGCGAAGCACUUUCCCCCGCCACACCUCGCUGUCCGCUUUCUUUAUCGCGACAUCCUUAGAAGGCGCGGGUGGUUGCUUUGCCUGCUUGCCUCUCCCUUUGUUUGGCACGCUCUCUGCGCGCACCACCCACCCUUCUAUAAUCCUUCCCCGUACCACUUCCAAGCGGCAAAUUUCCCGUUACACUGAAGAAAAGAAGGGCAUCAUGGCGUACCGCAAAGACCCAAUCGAGACGUCUUCGCCGCCGCGCUUUGGUGGCGAGGACACCGCCGACGACUACAACACUAUCCCGACGCAACCCCUAGAUCGCAUGGAGAGUUCGCCACACUUCGCGAUGCCAUCAGGAGCUUUCGUCACGCAGCCUACGCAGAUCCUCCCGCCGCAUACGACACAGCCCACACAGCCGUUGACGCCCCCCAGGCAUCGCAUGUACAAUCCCACAUCUUCGCAGGUCCAAGUCCCUCGCUCCUCGCCCGCCACGGAGCGCUUUACCUCGCCCUUGAACAAGCCGCAGUCGCAACACCGCAUGGUCAGCGCGAUGGCCCCGCCAGGCACGCAAGCGCGUUUUCCGAGCGCAGUGCCGCGACCCCAGACUAUCGACAUCACUUCGGACGAUCCUCCUGUUGCACAAGAUUCAGAUGAGGAGGAGUAUAGGGGGUCUAAUAUACCCAUGUCGAAGAUCGAGCAGCAGCGCGUGCGGGAAACACCGCAGAAGGCUUCGUCGUUUGGGUUCGAUUUGUCGGAUCGAUUUGCGCACAACCAGAAUGGGAAGCGGCCCGCGGAUGCUACAACUUCAUUUCCCCCAGCUAAGAGGCCGGCGAUUCGUCAGACUGGGCCGUCGCGAGCGAUGCCGAUAGAUCUCACGGACGAAGCGAAGCUUGAGAGGUUGGAAGACAUCACCGAUCUUAAUCUGAGGACGAAAGUGCGCCGGUUACGAGAGGUCUACCCCAACCGGACGGUUGAUGAGACAUACAACGCGUUGAUGUUCAAGAAGGGAAACUACCCCGAUACGAUAGAUUACAUGGCAACCCUGCCAGAGAAAGAAGAACAGCAAAGCGCACCUAAAGGCACGGCUGUGGUGCGGUCUUCACCAGAACCUAUUGUAACAAAGACAACGACUGCGAAGCGCGUGCUUAGCAAGCCCUCCGUGAGCCUGCAGGACCGAUAUGCGAAGACCACGAGCCAGCCGAGUGCGCCGAUCGCCGAGAGCCCGCAAAAGCCAGCACGGAAAGGAAAACUCAUGCGAGGGCGUCGGAAUCGCUCACCAUCACCGAUCACGCUUUCAUCUUCUCCACCACCGCCACCGCCGCGUCCGCAGCAGAAGCCGAAACAGAGGGUUCCGCACGAGGACGACGAGGGCAUUAUUAUCUCCGACGGCGAUGACUCUGACGUUCAGGAAGAGGAAGAGGUGGUCUUCCACGAUGACGGGGAAUUGUUGGAUUUCUUCAACAACUGCACCGUGGAGGGCAUGGUUGAUUUAUCUGGCCAUAAAGCUGAGGACAUCCGGUUGAUCUUCGAACAUCGUCCUUUCAUAACACUGGAGAAGGUGGAGAAAUUACACGUUGACUCGCGCAAACCGGACACUGGGAAGAAAGCGCGGAAACCAAAGGUUACACUCGGUGAGAGGCUUGUGGACGCUGCGAGGGCGAUGUGGAAUGCCUACACUACGAUUGACGAGGUGGUCAAGAAGUGCGAGGAACGAGGCCGUCCCAUGGUGGACGGCAUGGCUCGCUGGGGCAUCAAUAUUUUUGGAGCUUCUACCGAUGGCGAAAUUGCAGCAACGAGCUUGGAUGACAGUGAUACCGGCUCCAACCGCGACUCCGGAUACCAGAGCCCGAACACCGUCGGGAGCGACUCGGAUCGAGAAGAUAUGCGCAAGGUGGCAGAUCGCGCUUCUGGAAAGAGGAAGUUGUUGAAGAAACCGGCAAACAUGAAUGCCAACAUCGAAUUGAAAGAUUACCAGGUGGUUGGACUAAACUGGCUGAACUUGCUAUGGCAGAAUCAGAUCUCUGGUAUUCUGGCUGACGACAUGGGCCUCGGGAAAACAUGCCAAGUCAUCGCAUUUUUGUCCCAUCUCAAGGCAUCCGGUGUUAAGGGCCCUCAUCUAAUCGUGGUCCCGGGUUCCACGCUGGAGAAUUGGGCACGCGAGUUCAAGCACUUCUCCGAAGCCAUUGACUUCCACAUCUACUAUGGCGGACAAAAUGAGCGCUUCCAAAUGCAGGAUGAGAUCCUGGACAAGAUCGAAAACAACCAGAUCGAUGUUGUUCUCACCACGUACGACCUCUGUGGUAGAAGGGAGGAUAACAGUUUUCUGCGCAAGUGCAAGCCGCAAAUGGCUAUCUUCGACGAAGGACACAUGCUGCGCAGUUCGAACACGAAGCGGUAUCAGGACCUGAUGAAGAUAAAGGCCAAGGUGCGUCUGCUACUUACCGGCACUCCGCUGCAGAACAGUCUGCAGGAGCUGGCCUCUAUCCUCGCGUUUCUCAUGCCGGAUAUCUUCGAGACUGAGGACGUGCGCGAGAGCGUUGCCGUGGUGUUCAAGCACAAGGCCAAGGUCAACGAGAGCGAUACCCACGGGACGCUGCUUUCGACUCAGCGCAUCAACCGCGCUCGCUCGAUGAUGACGCCGUUUGUUCUCCGCAGGAAGAAGGCUCAAGUGCUGAAGCAUCUCCCCACGAAGACCUGCCGCGUAGAGUACUGCGAGCUCACGCCCAUCCAAAAGAAGCUCUACUCAGAGCAGCUUGAGCGGCAGCGUAAAAUACUGCUUGACCGCGCCAAUGGCCUCCUCCCCAAGGAAACCGCAAACGUUAUGAUGCGCCUCCGACAAGCGGCCAUCCACCCGCUCCUCUUCCGCGAGCGCUACACCGACGGUAUUCUCCGUAAGAUGUCCAAAGUCCUCCCAAAAGAAGAAACCUUCCGCGAGAGCGUUCCGGAGUAUAUCUACCAGGACCUCGAACCCUACCGUGACUUCGAAGCGCACAAGCUCUGCCUACAGUAUCCGAAAUUCAUUGGCAAAUUUGCCCUCAAGAACGGCGAGUGGAUGGACUCGGGCAAGGUACAGACGCUCAUCACGCUCCUCCGCAAGUUCAAAGCCAACGGCGACCGCGCUCUCGUCUUCUCGCAGUUCACCUCUGUGAUGGACAUUCUGGAAUGGGCGCUGGACGCCGAGGACAUCGGGUACUGCCGCAUCGACGGCUCCACGCCCAUCACCGAGCGCCAGCAGCUCCUCGACGUCUUCUAUGCCGACGAAAGCAUUCCCGUCUUCAUGCUGUCGACCAAGUCCGGCGGCGCAGGGAUCAACCUUGCCUGCGCGAACAAGGUCGUCAUCUUCGACAGCAGCUUCAACCCGCAGGACGACAUUCAAGCCGAGAACCGCGCGCAUCGGGUGGGGCAGACGAGGGACGUCGAGGUGGUGAGGCUGGUUACGCGGGGCACUGUGGAGGAGCAGAUCCACGCGCUAGGCGUGAGCAAGCUGGAGCUGGAUAAGAUGGUUGCGGGGGAGGAGACGGAAGAAAAGAAAGGAAAGGGGAAGAAGGGGGACGCGAAGGAUGAGGUGGCGAGCUUGGAUGCGGCAGAGAAGAAGGGGCUUGAGGCGGUGCAGGAGAUGCUGAUGAGGCAGUUGGUUAGGGACGGGGAGAAGGGAGAGGCGGAGGGCGAUGUCAAGGAGCAGUUUUUAGACGGGCUUAAGAAGGCCGGGUUGGAUAUGAGUGCCGCGGAGUGAGAGCGCUCGUUGCGUCUCGUGCCGCUGGACUGGAUCAUUGUGUUGAAUUCUACGCGGGAACGCUACGUAUAUACUGCACCUUAUCUAGCAGGGUUGCGACGUUUCGAGUACGGCAGCGGCGCAGACACAGCCUGGGUAAGGACGCUGUGGUUGCCAUGGUUUUGCAUAGCGUCGGCGUUGGCGGCGACUCAGCACAGCAGAGCACAGCAAAUAGCUAGCGUUCUGUCACGUCAUUCCGAGGCCUGUUGCGACAC